AUGUAUCAUAGAUGCGCUUUUAUUUAUUUCGAAUAUAAAAAGAGUAUGGUCAAUAAUAAUAAUAAUAAUAAUAAUAAUAAUAAUAAUAAUAAUAAUAAUAAUAGUAAUAAUACCAAUAAUAAUAACAACACUAAUGAACCUAGUGUUCACUUCUUUUUAGUACUUAAACAAAUUUCUACUGGAGCAAUAGGGUACUAUUCAAGUACACAUAUACAUAUGUCUCAUCUAUUGUAUAUUAAGAAAGAAAAUGAAGUGGAAUGCUUUAUGUCUUAUCAACGCAUAAAAAAUGAAGAAUACAAGAUAUUGAAGACAAAAGUUUAUGUAUGCAUUAAUACGUCUGGAAUAACUCAUCAUUAA